GAACUCAAUAUAGUAUAUAUAUUGGGUAAAACAAAAACAUAGCGGUCGUUCACUUGAAUAGAGACAGAGAGAGAAACCCGAAAAGCCCUCGAAGAUUUCUUCAUCAACUCCUUGAUGGAUCCUCCACCGGAACAAGUCAACUACAUCUGCGGAGAUUGUGGGAUGGAGAACACUCUGAAGCCAGGUGAUGUGAUACAGUGCCGAGAGUGCGGUUACCGCAUCUUGUACAAGAAGCGCACUCGCCGCAUUGUUCAAUAUGAGGCACGCUGAAGAAGAGAGGUGGGGAGGCAGGGGCAUGCAGCAGCAAACAACAAAGACUAUCUGUAUUGGGUCCAUUUUACAACUUGUUAAUUUGGUGAUUUAGUAUGUAGUCAUAGAAGACUAAAUUAUAAGUUGCACUGUCUAAGUUUGGGAUCAUUGGAUUUGAUCUCUCAUGAUUAAAAAUUUUUAUCUGGACCUUAAUGUUAUAUAGUUACUUAGAUUCCGAUUUGAUUCCUUUUGUUUA